AUGAUGCUGUCUUCUCCGUGCCGGCAGUUGAGCUACGGUGCGCCCUCGCGCGUCUACCGCCGAUGUGCCUCGAGCUCCUCAGCAGCCGCCGAAUCCAAAAAGGAAAACAGCACCGUCGGUAGUGAAGCUGUAACUACUCCUCUCGAUGCUACCUCGACCGCGACCGCGACCCUCGAUCCCGACGUCGCUCUCUCCUCCACGUUGAACCCCCCUGCCUCCACGCGCCCGCCGCCAUUGAACGUUCCUACUAGAGAUCCAGAGGCGUCCCUCUUUAGCUACCUGUUCAGCGUUGGCAAGACGUACUAUGCAUUCUACAGAGCUGGACUAAAGGCUAUCAACACAAAUCGAAAGCUGCUGAACGAAGUGUCAAACAGUCUAGAUGCGCCGGCGAGUCUAAAGGACUCAUCAGAUACAAAAGUACGUCCUACCAGGGCUGCAAUCCUUUUGAGGGAGCGAACCCGGCACGACCUGUCCCGCUUGCCAGUCUUUGGCCUGGUUUUGCUGGUUUUUGGCGAGUUCACGCCGCUCGUCGUACUGGCUUUUCCGAAGUUGACCCCGUACACUUGCCGCAUCCCAAAACAAAUCGAGAAGCUGCGAAGCAAUGCGCAAGAGAGACGAGAUGCAUCGAUACGGAAUAUACGGCACGCAACGGAGCCAUCCGCGCUCAACAAGCUUGCGCCUGGCCACAUCGUGCGAUGUCUGGAUCUCGCCAACAGCCUUUGGGAUAAAGCAGGUAUCGAUCCUCCGUUCGCUUCAGCAAAGGCCGAGAAAGCCAUUGGCAGAAUUGUUACAGAUGAUGCUAUGAUCAGGGAUGGUGGCGGCGUCAAUGCCCUGGAGCCUGAUGAGGUUGUUCUGGCCUGCGAGGAUAGAGCCUUUGACGUGAGGAGUGCCGACGUCGAAACACUUCGAAACAAACUCUCCAAGUGGAUUGAGGCAUCAACGAAAGCGGAAGGCGCUGAUAGCAAGGCUGUCGUCAGAAACAUGCUCAUUGGGCUCGACAAUGAGACGAAAUGA